GUCAGCAUAUUUUUUCUAAAGAGAAAACAACAACAACAAAUAAUUGGGUAUAUAGUUGUUGACCAAUACAAUUUAAGUAUUGAUAUCAUACAGUGUAUUUAUAAUAUAAACUCUUUACAUAAAGACAAAAGAUAAAGAGAAAGUUCGUUUUAUCAUAAUUGAAUUUAAGAAAUACAUAACAAGAUGAAUGGAAAUAGAAACAAUUCCAGACAUUUAAAAACGUAUAAAGUACAACACUUGAGAACAUUUGAAGUUACUCCUAAAAAUGUAUUACCAAACACGCAAACUGCUGUUGAACUGUUGUUGCAAGGGUGUUACACAUAUGUACGCAGUUUUAAUAUGUCAAUCGAUGAUAAUAAUGGUGAACCAUAUCUCAUUCUAAGUGAUCCACGUAAUGGAGAUGCUGAAGUUGAACGUUUCCGAAUUGGUCGUAUACUCUAUCCUCGGUAUCGAAUAACUCCUCCAGAUGUGUGUCCAGUGAACAAUCUACUCACGUUCACUAUCAAAGCUGGUUCAAUGGAUGAUGGACGUCCAAGACGCAACGAAAUACAUUUAUUUCAAGUUUUAACUUGUCCUGCUCAAACAAUUGUCAAUGUUUUACUGAGAGCUGGAGCUCUGGACAAUGAUUCAUAUGAUCAAGACAUAAAUGACUCCAUGCUAAUCUCUAGGGCUCCAUCUGAACCAAAUCUAAGGAUACCUUUGCAAACAAGUUCAAGUGGAAUUCAACUUCCACCAAUGGUUACCAAAGAGGAUAGUGUAUAUAGUGAAUCACAAAUCAAUCGUGAGUGGAUUGACUUAGAAGUUGCACUGCUUAAUCACUGCUUUGAUGACAUUGAAUCAAAUUACAAAAUUUUGAAAAGCAGAACAAGUCGUCAUUUCUCUAAAUCAGCACCAUCUGUUGCUACAUCGAGUAAAUCAAAAAGUCGAAUUUCAAGUAUUCAUGUAAAUCAAACAUCUGAUUUAGUCAGUGAGUUAGAUGAACCUGUGAAAAAAUGUGCUGUUGAUUUCUUUGAAAAACUCAAGUUUGCAUGCAUUCUAUUGGCGAGACUUCAAGACUAUCUUGUAGAUCCGAAUUCUGCUCACUUGGCUAGGCAACUGUUUGAAUUUUUAAAAUAUGGAGUUGAUGCUACACGAAACCCUAAAACAAAUAGAUCAAGCAUUGCUCAAUCAACUAUUUACCCACUAUUACCAGAUUAUGUUGUGCUUUUUAUUCAAUCGAACUUGACAAAUGAAUAUGAAAGACUAUGGCGCAAUCUUGGAGAUGCAUGGAAUGUAUCAAGGAAGGACUCUCCUUACGAAGAUCGCGUUUAUAUACCCAACUUUGAGAACAGAUUCACGGUAGUCCCACAUGAAUAUGAACCAUCAUUGUUUAACUACAACUCUCCAAAUGUGGUUGAUAGACAAGAGACAAGAUACAUGCUUCCACCAGGCAGUAAUUUUAAUGUGAAUCAAUCUUCUAGAACACCACGCGACAAAACCAAACUUGUUCAAGUUAUUGAGUCAUUUGAAGCAACGUCUGAAAGAGAAUUAACAGUAGAAAAUGGUGAAUGGGUAAAGAUUCUAGAAAAGAAUGGGAAGUGGUAUAAAAUUCAAAAUAAGUUUGAUGAAGAAGGUUAUUGUCCAGGGUCAAUACUGAAAAUUCCAGGAACCAUGUGAUAUUUUCAAAUAUAUGAAUUCGUUGAAGACAUUCAAAGAACUCUAAUGAAAUUAUUUAGUCCUAAUCAAAAUACUUUCAUCUCAUUCAUCUCUUGAGUAAAGAUUAUUGUAAUUCUUUUUCUUACUACACAACUCUCUUUGUUCAAACGUUUACGAGACCUUUAUCCAUUUGUUCGUUUUUGGUAAAAUAUUUAGUUAGAAAUAAAAUCAUAACAAUAAGGUAAUCAAAGAGUUGUGCUUGUAUUUUCGUAGUAUAAUGGUAAACCCUAAAACACAACCAAUUUUAAGAAUAUUCCCUACAGUUAAAACAUUUCAAAAUAAACCGUAUGCAUAAAAUAAGAAUCUUGAAUCCGUGUCAAAUAUUGUUGGAAACCGACCCAAAGGGACCAACGAGGCGUAGAAAGUGAAGUGAUGAACAAACACAACCAGUUUACUCUCUAGUAUUAAUCUAAACGAUGACGUAGACCAUCUCAGACAUGACUGAAGUGUGGUUUACGGCGACCACAAGCGUUUGCGUUUCUCCAGUAUUCCCCAAAUAACUAUUUUUUGUAUCCCAUGUCCCAACCCAUUAAGCUUAUGUCCAUAGCUCUCUAGUGAUUGGGUUCGACCACAUAAUAUUCCCAAAAUUACUUACAGCAUUAUUUAAUACGUUUAUCUCGGUCACUAAAUCCCCUGGAAUUUAACGCUUACGGUAUGUUUAUCUGGAAAACUCUACAGUUUGACGGCGACAUCUAGAAUGCAAUUCACUGACCACAAUACCGAAACA